AUGAAUCGCCAAUUCACCUGCAAGUCUGGAACUGCCAACAGGGGCUUCAGCGGCUGCUCGGCUGUGCUAUCAGGAGGCAGCGCAUCCUCCUACCGGGCAGGGGGCAAAGGGCUCGGUGGAGGCUUCAGCAGUCGGAGCCUCUACAGCCUGAGGAGUCCCAGGAGCAUCUCCUUCAACGUGGCUAGUGGCAGCGGGCGCACUGGGGGAUAUGGGUUUGGCCGGAAUCGGGCCAGCGGCUUUGCAGGCAGCAUGUUUGGCGGUGGGGCUCUGGGGCCUUCAAAUCCAUCCCUGUGCCUGCCUGGCGGCAUCCACCAGGUCACAGUCAAUAAAAGCCUUCUGGCCCCACUCAACGUGGAGCUGGACCCGGAGAUCCAGAAGGUGCGCGCCCAGGAGCGGGAGCAGAUCAAGGCACUGAACAACAAGUUCGCCUCCUUCAUCGACAAGGUGCGCUUCCUGGAGCAGCAGAACCAGGUGCUGCAGACCAAGUGGGAGCUGCUGCAGCAGCUGGACCUGAGCAACUGCAGGAGGAACCUGGAGCCUGUUUACGAGGCCCACAUCAGCAGCCUGCAGAAGCAGCUGGAUUCGCUAUCCGGGGACAGGGUGAGGCUGGACUCCGAGCUGAGGGGCAUGCGGGAUGCCGUGGAGGACUGCAAGAAGAGGUAUGAAGAAGAAAUAAACAAGCGUACAACUGCUGAGAAUGAAUUUGUGGUGCUUAAGAAGGAUGUGGAUGCCGCAUACAUGAGCAAGGUGGAGCUCCAGGCCAAGGUGGACGCCCUGGAUGGAGAGAUCAAGUUCCUCAAGUGUCUGUACGAGGGGGAGAUUACUCAGAUGCAGUCGCACAUAAGCGACACCUCUGUGGUCCUCUCCAUGGACAACAACCGCAACCUGGACCUGGACAGCAUCAUCGCUGAGGUCCGAGCUCAGUACGAGGACAUUGCCCUGAAGAGCAAGGCGGAGGCUGAGAUGGUGUACCAGACCAAGUUCCAAGAGCUGCAGCUGGCAGCUGGCCGGCAUGGAGAUGACCUCAAGCACACCAGGAACGAGAUCUCUGAGUUGACCCGGCUCAUCCAGAGACUGCGAUCAGAAAUCGAGAGUGUGAAGAAGCAAUGCUCCAACCUAGAGACAGCCAUUGCUGAUGCUGAGCAGCGAGGUGACUGUGCCCUCAAGGAUGCCCAGGCUAAGCUGGAUGAUUUGGAGAGAGCCCUGCACCAGGCCAAGGAGGAGCUGGCCCGGAUGCUGCGUGAGCACCAGGAGCUGAUGAGUAUGAAGCUGGCCCUGGACAUUGAGAUCGCCACCUACCGAAAACUGCUGGAAGGGGAGGAGUGCAGGAUGUCUGGAGAACACACCAAUGCAGUGAGCAUUUCCGUCAUCAGCAGUUCCACGACUGGGGCAGUCGGUGCCGGGACCAGUUUUGGGUUCAGUAACCCUAGCACCUAUGGCUACCGGCCGAGUUCUGUAGCUGGGGGCUAUGGCAUACUGUCAGGGGGCUGUGUCACAGGUAGUGGGAACUGCAGUCCCCGUGGAGAUACCAAGACCAGACUGGGUAGUGCAAGUGAAUUUAAGGAGGUUUCGGGAAAGACCUUGGCUUUGGGCUCACCCUCUAAGAAAACCAUGAGAUAAGCUGAUAGGCAGUCCUCCAUUUCUGCCCAGCUUUGGUUUUCUUGA